AUGACCUCUACGAGUCUUCCAUCAAAGUCCUCUCAGGCAUGCUCGUUGCCAAGAUGCGUCUUGUUCCAAAAUGAAGACCGCUCCGUGUGUCUCGUCGACAUCCCGGCCUCGCUGGAGGACAGCCAGUUCUUACCGGGCCAAGGUGCCGAGACAACAGGACAACCACCACAGAGACGGCUCCUGUCGGUCGACCCCGUCUCCGCACCAUUUACGCUGCCAGAGCCCCGGGACCCCCAAGCCAACAACCAGACGCCGGCGAGCCAGCUCGCAGACCUCAUGAUCGAGGCAGCGGUGAAGAGCGCCCUCGAUACGCUAAGACGGGGCUACGACGCGCCGUUUUGUCUCCCUCGUGUGACGGGCGGCGGGAGCAGCAGCGACGUCGCCAGCAUUACCGGUCGUGAAAGCAGCGUAAGCCCGCAGGAUCAUCCCGUACGCAAGGACGACGGCGACGAUGCUGCCGCUACCACUACCGCAACCACUUCUCGGCCGGCUGCGGCUGCGGCUGCGGCACACUUUUUCCCCUCAGAGUCUACGUACCUGAACGGCUCGAUCCAGGAGACUAGAGAAUCCUUCCUCUCGACGGCGCCCAAGUUUGACCUCAUUAUCAUGGACCCUCCCUGGCCCAACAAGUCCGCGAGGAGAAAGAAGAAGACGACGGGCGGCUAUGCCACCGUCUACGGUCUCAAGGAGACGCGCGCGCUUCUGGACCAGAUCCCCGUCGCCGCCCAUCUCGCAGACGGCGGUCUCGUUGCCGUCUGGGUGACGAACAAGCCGACGCUGGUAGACUUGCUCACCUCGCCCAAGGGUGUCCUCGCAUCCUGGGGCCUCGAGGUCGCUGCCGAGUGGCAAUGGGUCAAGAUCACGUCGCAAGGCGAUGCCAUCUUUGAUACGGAGUCUGCGUGGAGAAAGCCCUGGGAGAGGCUCAUCGUCGCGAGAAAACGGGGUGACAAUAAAAAGGUGCCCGGGAGGGUCAUUGCCGCGGUCCCUGAUGUUCAUUCACGGAAGCCGAAUCUCCGCUGCAUGUUUGACGACCUGCUGCCCCGGGGAUAUCGCGGCCUAGAGGUGUUUGCGCGUAAUCUGACUGCUGGCUGGUGGGCAUGGGGCAACGAAGCUCUUCGCUUUCAAGAGUCUCAGCACUGGAUCACAUCGUCUGAAGAAACAAGGCAUACCGUGACUGAGGAAUCCGAGUCCAAAGAUACCAAAACCAAUUGA